GCCUACAUGAAUUACUUUUAUUCAAGAACCUUCCUUUCUUCGCGGUCCACCUGCUUUCCUUUCUCCCUCCCUCCUCUCUCGCUCCAAUUGCAAGCAUACAGCGCGUUUCAAUGCGAAUCUGGAGCCGCAAUGCAAAGAUGAUGAGCGAUUGAAACUUGAUUAUUUAUAAAUAAUGCAUCUCAAUCCAAUGCCUUCAUAGAAUGGCUUUGAGAUCUGCUCGGCAUGCCUCUAAGCGCAAGAAUCGGAAAUUCCUCUUCAUUACAUUGUUAAUACUCGUGCCGCUUACUGUCACCGUGAUAUUCAGUUACGGUCGAAAGCUCUCCUACUUUUUCCGGCCGCUUUGGGACAAACCUCCACCACCAUUCGAGCGUAUACCGCAUUAUUACGCCGAGAAUGUCUCGAUGGACUAUCUUUGCAGUCUCCACGGCUGGUCAUUGCGAUCCGAACCUCGGCGCGUCUUUGAUGGAAUUAUAUUCAGCAAUGAAUUGGACUUGCUCGAGAUCCGGUGGAAGGAACUCUACCCUUAUGUCGCGAAAUUCGUAAUCUUGGAAUCGAACACGACGUUCACUGGUAUGAAAAAGCCUCUGCACUUUGCGCAAAACCGCGACAGAUUCGCUUUCGCCGAGGAUAAGAUUGUUCACAGCGUAUUACCCGGACGCGUCGCUCCGUACGGGUCGAAGCACGACCCGUUUACGUUCGAAGCCGAUCAUCGUAUAGCUAUGAACUGGCUACUUCACGACGCCGGAAUAUCCUCCGGCGAUAUCCUUAUCGCCUCCGAUACGGAUGAAAUCCCGAGCCCUCACACCAUUAAACUUCUGCAGUGGUGCGAUGGCGUGCCGCCGGUUCUUCAUCUCGAGCUGAAGCAUUACCUCUACUCGUUCGAGUUCCCCGUCGACUACAGCAGCUGGCGCGCCUCUGCGCAUAUCUACAAUCCGCGGACGUUGUACCGACAUUCGCGCCAGACCGACGUUAUUCUCUCCGAUGCGGGUUGGCAUUGCAGCUUUUGCUUCCGGUAUCUGAGCGAUUUCAUCUUCAAAAUGACGGCGUACAGCCACGCCGAUAGGGUGAAGUAUAAGGAGUUCUUGAGGUAUUCGAGGAUUCAGAAAAUAAUCUGUCGGGGCGAUGAUCUGUUCGACAUGCUUCCGGAAGAGUACACUUUCAAGGAUUUGAUCAAGAAGAUGGGGCCGAUUCCCCGGUCGACUUCCGCCGUUCAUCUUCCGGCUUACUUGAUCAAGAAUGCCGAAAAAUUCAGGUUUCUACUACCCGGCGGUUGUAUGCGUCGCGCCGGAUGAUUUUGUGCGUAGCUUUCAGCUAUUUGGAGGGAUACGGGAUGGGAUCCUUGGUCUAAAACUUUAUCCGGUUUAUUUAUACACAUAAGAAAUGUAUCUAUACAGUCCCGAAAUGGAUGGCUUAGUGGUGUAGGGAUGAACUCGUGACCGUAAGGUUAUGAGUUCAAAUUUCUGACGUCGGGAUGAGUAGCGGCUGUGGAUUCCAAUGUUAUAAAUUUAUUUGGUUUUAGUCUGAGGAUCCUUUCCUAGGGUAGGGAGCCUUAGUUUUUGGGGGUCUCGGUGGUUAAUUCGAACAUUUUCGUAUUUAUUUUUUAUAACGUGUUACGAGUGAUACUGUUAGAAUGACCGUGUAUAGGUUUGUAACAUUUGAUACGAUUAUAAUGAGAAAUUUUU